AUGCGAAUUUUGCCCAGAGAAGUCGACAAACUCCUGCUUCACCAGGUUGGUUUCCUCGCUCAACAACGUCUUGCUCGAGGUCUUCGCCUGAACCAAACAGAAGCUGUCGGCCUCAUCGCUUCGCAGAUUCAAGAACGUAUUCGAGAUGGAACUUACUCGGUGGCAGAACUUAUGCAGCUGGGGAAGACGUUGUUAGGACGUCGACAUGUUCUACCAUCCGUUCCAGCGUUGUUACACCAAAUCCAGGUCGAGGGAACGUUCCCGGACGGCGUCUUCCUUGUGACAAUUCACGAUCCCAUAUGCACAGAGGAUGGCGACCUGGAAGCGGCGUUGCAGGGUUCGUUCCUCCCAGUACCUUCGAACGACAUCUUCCCGGUCCUCGACGAAUCCGAGUAUGCACCUGAGAAACUUCCUGGAGCCAUUAUCGCGAAGGAAGGACGGAUAGCGAUCAACUCGGGAAGGAGGCGCAUACAGCUGAGAGUGGUGAAUAAGGGAGACCGUCCCAUACAGGUUGGCUCGCAUUACCAUUUCAUUGAAACCAACCCGACCUUGUCCUUUGAUAGAGCCCGUGCUUAUGGGAUGAGAUUAGAUAUCCCAGCUGGAACAGCGGUUCGGUUCGAGCCAGGCGAUGUGAACGUCAAGACCGUCACGCUCGUGGAGAUCGCUGGGAAGCGUAUCAUUACCGGAGGCAAUGGACUGGCUACAGGAGUCGUUGAUCCCGCCAGGACCGAAGAGGUCGUGAAGGGUUUGGUCCAGAGAGGGUUUAACCAUGUGGACGAACCGGAUGCGCCGGAAGUGAAGGAGGCGACUGAUAUGAGCCGGGAGGAAUACAUUUCUAUGUUCGGACCCACGGCGGGCGAUAGAGUGAGGUUGGGAGACACCAACCUCUGGGUUGAAGUCGAAUGGGACGCGACGGUUUAUGGGGAUGAAGUUAAAUUCGGCGGAGGCAAGACAAUUCGCGAGGGCAUGGGCCAAGGAACUGGGGUAUCGGCGGUCGACGCCUUAGAUCUUGUCAUAACCAAUGCCCUGAUCAUCGACUGGUCCGGAAUCUACAAGGCAGACAUUGGUGUCAAAGACGGCGUGAUUGUUGGAAUCGGCAAAGCAGGAAACCCCGACGUCAUGGCCAAUGUGGACCCUAACCUCCUCAUUGGCUCCUCUACAGAAGUCAUCGCCGGCGAGAAGCUAAUUGUCACAGCCGGUGCCCUCGAUGUCCAUGUUCACUACAUUUGCCCUCAACAGGUCGAAGAAGCUUUGGCUUCCGGAACCACGACGAUGAUAGGUGGAGGCACAGGCCCGAGCGCAGGAAGCAACGCGACCACAUGCACGUCGAGUCCAUUCUAUAUGCGGCACAUGCUGGCCGCGACGGAUGGACUUCCAAUGAACUUUGCGUUCACGGGCAAGGGUAAUGAUGCCAGUCCGACUGCUUUGGAAGAGGUAGUUCGAGCUGGUGCGGCUGGUUUCAAGCUUCAUGAAGAUUGGGGUUCCACACCUGUUGUGAUCUCGAACUGCCUGGACGUCGCAGAUAAAUACGAUGUACAGGUUAACAUACACACCGAUACCCUGAAUGAAAGUGGCUUCGUUGAAAGCACCAUUGCGGCCUUUGGCGGCCGGACAAUCCAUACAUAUCACACAGAAGGAGCUGGUGGUGGACAUGCACCCGAUAUUAUCGUGGUCUGUGGUUUGGAGAAUGUUCUCCCAUCCUCGACAAAUCCUACGCGCCCGUAUACCCACAAUACCCUUGACGAACAUCUCGACAUGCUCAUGGUUUGCCAUCAUCUCGACAAAUCUAUCCCCGAAGACCUUGCAUUCGCUGAAUCCCGAAUCCGAGGUGAAACCGUGGCAGCAGAAGAUGUUCUACAUGAUAUUGGAGCCAUCUCUAUGAUAAGCUCUGACUCCCAAGCUAUGGGACGCGUUGGGGAAGUGGUUAGUAGGACUUGGAGGACAGCGAGCAAGUUGAAAGAGUUCCGAGGACCUCUUACUUCCCUUGGAGACACGGCAGAGAAGGAUAACGGCCGUGUCAAGAGGUACAUCGCCAAGUACACCAUCAAUCCGGCCAUCACACAUGGAGUUAGCCACCUUGUUGGACAUGUUGCCGUUGGAACUCUGGCGGAUCUAGUCCUCUGGAAACCAGAGAACUUUGGAGCAAAGCCUGAGAUGGUUCUCAAGUCAGGUGUCAUCGCGUGGUCUCAAAUUGGGGAUGCGAACGCGUCCAUACCUUCUGUCCAGCCGUUUUAUGGAAAGCCAAUGUGGGGUGCCCAAGCAGGUUCAGCGGCCAUGAAUUCUGUGGCGUUCGUUUCCGAGCUGUCGAUUACCUCUGGGACAAUCGCUAGUUAUGGAUUGAAGAAGAGGGUGGAAGCGGUUCGCGGGUGCAGAAAGGUAACCAAGAAGGAUAUGAAGUGGAAUGACUUGACUCCAACGAUGACUGUGGACCCCGAGAACUACGAGGUUAAGGCUGACGGCGAGAUGAUGGACAUCGAGCCUGCGAAUACCCUGCCUUUGACCAAGGCAUAUAACCUGUUUUAG